AGAGAGCUGAUUUCGCAUUGGAGAGAGCAUUUGCACCAGAGUCACGAUUCCUCCCGUUACAUUGUGUUUCAGCUCUGCAUCCGGACUGAAGGCCAGAUUCAAUCAAAACUACUGUAAUAUUUCUGAUUUGUUCGAUCAUUGUGUAUCAAAACAUUCUCUUACCAAUAAUGGAAGCUCUUUCAUUUCAGCUGUGCUGGUUCUGUGUGUAUUGCAGGUUAAUUUGGUCCCGGAUCUUGUUGAACUCUCACUAGUUGCUGUUCAAGGACUUUGUACCAAUUGCUGAGUAACACAAUCAAUAAUAUGCCAAUUUUUGUGUUACCUUCAGUUCUGUGUGUGUGUGUUUGUGUGAGAGUGUACGUAUGAAUGGAGUUGUCUUUUGUUUUUAAUAAGUUUCAGACAUUUGUUUGAUACUAUGAAGAAAUUUUGUAAUUUUUUUUUUUUUUUUUUUUUUUUUUUUGAGAGGUGACUGUUCAGUGAAUUACAUCUCUUUCUACCCCACGAUUAAACCAAUUAAACAGGUGAAAUAUGAAUUUAGAAUUGCAUGUUGUGUUUUACUGUGGUUUGCCAUUGGUUGGCUAAUUGAAGUACGAACAAAAAUAUAUGGACGGUUUGUCACUCUCAAAGUAUCUUGUCUAGACAAAUUGAAUUAUUUAAUACCUUAAUUCUUGUUUAAGUGUUUCUUAAAUUGUUCUUACGUUUGGUCUUGUCUAUUAGUGAAAUAAUACAAUGUUAAAGACUAGCUCUGUAGUGGAGGCUGAACUCCUAUUUGUCCUCUGCCUGUGUUCAGUGUGAAGAGGUAAAAUCUAAAUAUCUUACUGUAUUGUAAAUUAAUUUAAAGUUUGCAAUAGAGACUUUUUGCAGAGAUUUUUUUUUUUUUUUUUUGGUUUUGUUUUAUAAAUCAUUUAAAAGAGGAAAUAUAUUGUUUAAGGGAAAAAAGACCAUGUCACUUGCUUUAUUCAGCUGUACGUUUAUUGCAGCCUCUCUAAUACAGUGAAUGGUAUGUUUGAAGUCAGAUGGGAAAACAGAGGCUACCUCACAUUUCUAUGGAAUUCAAUAAAAAAAGGGGGAAAACGAUGGUUGGCUUUCGUUGAAAACUAGGUUUAACUUUUCGCCUAAAGAUUUUUUUUUCACACUCCGCUAUGCUCCUCCACUAAGGCGAGACUCAACUAAUUCACCACAGAUUCAAACACUCUUUGUUUGUUUUUUGUUAUCUGGAAUUUACUGGUACUAGCCAGUACGAUAUAAAAACUAUUUUGAGGGGGGGAAAAUUUGACAUUUUUUAGCAUUAAAAUGACUAGAAACUUUACAAUUAAAUAGACAAAUGCAUAGCUACGCCAUUUAAAUUUGUUCGAAAGUGCCAGAGCAUUUUGAGCUGUUGUAUUUUGUUUUAUUUGGAGCAAAUGGGUUUUUGCACGGUUGUGGCACAGCAAAAUUUAGCCCUCCAACACGUUAGACCAGGGGUGUCCAAACUCGGUCCUGGAGGGCCAGUUUCCUGCAGAGUUUAGCUUCAACUUGCCUCAACAUACCUAACUGGAAGUUUAUAUUAUGUUUAGUAAGACCUUAAUUAGCUGGUUCAGGUGUGUUUAAUUGGGGUUGGAGCUGAACUUCACAGGACAGUUGCCCUCCAAGAGCAGGAUUGGGCACCCCUGCGUUGGACCUUUCUUGAGCUUUUUCUGCCAUCUAGUGGUCAUAUAGAAUGUCAUAAUCUAGUGGAAUGUUUUUGUUAUUUCUAUCUUUAAGGUAUUUUUAUAUUAUACAUCUCAACAAAAGAGAAAUUUUACCGAUGUUCUAUAUAUAUAUAUAUAUAUAUAUGUUUAAUAUAGGUACGGUGGGACACUGAAACUUAAUUGAUUGUAUGUUUCUUAUUAAGCUGCUUUAUCAUUGUGUGCAUAUUCUUCCAUUACUAAAAUUUGAAAUCAUUCUGACAUAGUUUCAGGGGGUGCACAAUUCCUUACCCUAACCCUAGUUAAGUCUAGAAGGUUAAACCAUUUGAAUUUUGUUAUACUUAAAAGAAGUAAUUGUCUCUACAUUAAGGUAUCACAGUUUGCUGGAAAAUUUUGUGACUGAAAUUGUGGGUCUAUGUGUGCUUGAGGAAGCAUUUUAAAUGAUACUGCUUUAUCUGUAUAUUAUAUGACAAAUGAUCAGAAGGUGUCUCUCUUUACCUCAUCCUACACUUUAUAAUCACUUUUGAAUAGACAGAGAUCAAUAAUCAUGUUUUUUUUUUUUAUUUAUAAAAAUCUGUUACUUUAAAACCCACCUAUGUGAAGUUUAUAAGGUAAAUGAAAAGCCUUUAAUCUAAAGGUUUCCUAUUUCUUAACAAUGACACAAACAGAUUCUUUCAGUGGAUCUCUGUGAAAGGAAGGAAAUGCCAUGGGGUAAAUUCAGCCAUGCAUCCCCUUAUUAUUAUAAAACACACCUGCUAUUCAGAGCAAAGCAGGUCUGCUGGUUUCUCAGCCCUCAUCUCCAGUGUCUCCGUAACUCAUCUAUGACCUAUUGUCCAGAUCAGCGACCUGCACUGAUAUAAAGCCACAAAUGACACACGAGCCCUUUAGAAAGGACACCGGUACUCAAUAUGAAGCUCAUCAACAGCUCCCUGGCUGUUCUAGUCUUUAUAAAUGCUGUGUAUUCAGCAGCUAUGAGAGAAGGGAGUGAAGAUUUGUUACGUUUCCUGAAGGAUGCACUUGAAAUGAAUCUGUCUCCUGACCAUACUGAACCACCACAGCUCUCAGAAAUGGAUCUAACAACUGUGAGGAUUCUGGAUCCUGUGCAUCCAACAGGUCCGACUGCAGAAUGUAAAGCCCCAGAAACAGUUGUGAUCUCUGCUGACUUUUCCAACACAACUCCUGAACCAAACUUGGUAGAACCUGCAGAUGUUGCUGAAGAGAGAUCCAUUGAAAGCAGCAACUCAGACAGCAGAUUAGCUGAAAGAGCAUCAGCAGAAGACAGCAGAGAGGGUGACAACUAUAAGAGGUUACAGCUGAGGACCACACUUACAGACACUCACAAAGCAUUACAGGAGCAUUAUGCAAACUCAGCAGAGAGUAUGAGUAUAGACAGGUCUGACAUGGAAAUAGGCUUGACUGAGAGCUCCAACAAACAAAUCAAUAAAGCAACAGUGAUGAAGGACAUUGGUAGUCAGGAAAUGGACAGACCUGAGGAGAACGGGAGAAACCGACCCCCAAGGAUCCAGAAAAUGUUAGAAAAACAGAACACUGCGGUCACAGACUUUAUGAAAGAGAUUCAUCCCAUAAUUCAGAGUUAUGCCAGUAGAAUGAACCUCAAAGACCAGGCUGGUAAACCACAUGAUGCUGACAAACACCAGCAGGAGAGCCACAAAAGAGCAAUGGAUUUAGACAGCCCAGAGUUUCUGGACACCCCUGAUAGACCAGACCUUGAUACUGACAGUGAAGAACGUGGUGGUGGUCAUGGAAGAUCUCCGAGACAAAUCUCAGGAAUCAAAGCAAAACUAAACUAUGCUGCUAACCAGGCCACACUGGACGACAGCAGGGAAUUGGCUGAUCUGAUCCCAGGAUGCACAGAAACAUCUGUUGAACAUCACAUGGAAGAGAACAACAGUCUGGAUGCCCCUAAUGUGGACCAGAAGAUUCAAAAGGACACAAUGAGCUAUCAGAACCAGCUGAGGAAAAUAUGUCCCACCAAAAGCGUAUGAGCAUCCAACAACCCAAGAGCACAGCUGGAUUUAGAUAGUCCAGAAAGAGUGAACAGUGAAGUUUUGGACAGGGACAACAGCAGUGAGAGGCUGGAAGAUCAAGUGGCAGUUCCUCUGUAGAAAAUCAUGUACUUUUGUAGAACUUACUUUCUUUUUUCUCUCUUUUUUUUUUUUUUUUUGACAGUAUGAUUUUAAUGUCAUUUUGAUUGGAUAUCUUUUUGUUUGUUUGUCAUUGCAUAAAUAAAAUAAGAGUUUUAUGAUAUUGUGGGAUUUGAGUUUUAUAGAUAUUUAUGAUUUUGAAACAGUCUCCUUUUGACACAUUUUGGUAAGAACACUUUAUCAUGCACAAGGCAUUUUAGUGAGCAGAGAAUAAAAUAUUAAUGGUAUUUUAAGGAGAAAUAACUUGAAGUUUUUAAAAUAAGUUGAUUUUAUAAAAUUAUAUAUUAAGCUAUAUGUCCUAAGCCUAUGUUGCUAGAUAGAUAGAUUGCUAGAUAGAU